CGAGAGAUUGCUGCUGCUGAAAACCCUCUCCACUCCUGUUCUGGGCUGUUGCUGUUCAGCCACUUGCCUUUGUCUCUCACUUCAUCCUCUGCCUUCCAGAACUGCAACGAGCGGUUCCAGUACAAGUACCAGCUGCGCUCUCACAUGAGUAUCCACAUCGGACACAAGCAGUUUAUGUGCCAGUGGUGUGGAAAGGACUUCAACAUGAAACAGUAUUUCGAUGAGCACAUGAAAACACACACAGGUGAGAAGCCCUACAUCUGCGAGAUCUGUGGCAAGAGCUUCACCAGCCGCCCCAACAUGAAGCGCCACCGCCGGACCCACACGGGAGAAAAGCCCUACCCCUGUGACGUGUGCGGCCAGCGUUUCCGCUUCUCCAACAUGCUCAAGGCCCACAAGGAGAAGUGCUUCCGGGUCAGCAACCCGCUGGCUUCGGACACCAUCAACCCCGCCAACAACGGCGGUGGCCUCUCCGCUCCCCAGGGUGCCCCUUCACCUCACUCACUCACUUUGCCGCUGCUCCACCCCGUGCCCCCUCCUCCGCACCUACCGCCACCGCCUCCCCUGUUCCCAGCCGGGCGGGUCAAUUCGAACAACUAGGCCAGCGUGCGCACGGACUGCUCUGCCACGCAGGGAGUGCCCAGCAGGCUGCUCGUCCACGUGACGCGGGGAGAAGGAGAGAGGCGGUUCAUUCUCUCUCUUUCAAUUUUUUACCCCCCUUGGUUUUAUGAUGAGCCUGUCAGCCUUCCGUCAAAAGGACAGGGGCUCUGGGCCACAGCAAGCUCCCCUGCAGCUUUGCGUGCCGGCGUUCAAUCAGGGUGUAGACAAACGGCUCUUCCUUCCCUCCUCCUUCCAUGGCUUUAGCGUUUCCCAAGCCCUGGUCAGAGUCCUCCUCCCGCCUCACCAGGCAUUGUUGCUGAGCUGGUUUAC